UUGAAGCAGGAGCAGAAUUCCUUGACAAUCACAGUGAAAGGUCAUGAAAGUCUUGGCUUUUUCAUGUCCCCAUCAUCAAUCAAAGAGGCCCCAUUUUUCAUGCACCUCCCCAUGGAAGAACAGCACAAGGGCUCAAAAGAGGAUCCCACCUCCUUGAGCCGCUCCCCACAGCCAGACAUGGCCGAGAACAAGUCAACUGAAAUCAAAGGAUUCCAGAUUGUUGCAGCGAGCAAAGAUGGCGGCAAGAAGCACUUGGUACCCAAGAGAAGCUCCAGCAAGGACAGGCACAAAAAGGUGGAUGGGAGGGGCAGAAGAAUAAGGAUGCCUGCCCUUUGUGCUGCCAGAAUUUUCCAGUUGACCAGAGAAUUGGGCCACAAAACUGAUGGGGAGACAAUCCAGUGGCUCCUACAGCAGGCCGAGCCAUCGGUAAUCGCUGCCACGGGCACCGGGACCAUGCCUGCUUCAGCUCUUGCGGCUGCUGGGGCCUCUGUUUCUGAACAGGGGAACUCUGUUUCUGCUGGUUUCAUUAAUUCUAAGUUGGAUGAGAUGGGAAAUAGGACUAAUUGGACUCUGAUGAACAGUGGCUUGAACAGAUCCCAAAUUGCUACUGGAUUGUGGCCUCCUGUUCCAGGGUUCAUACAGAACUCUGCAAUAUCAGGAUCAAAUCCAGUGAGUGAAAACUCCAAUUUCCUCUCUAAACUGGGGUUCCAUGCUUUUGAACUUCCAACCAUGACUUCAGGGCCAAUGAGUUUUUCCUCAAUCUUGAGUGGGAAUUACCAGCAGCCUCCAGGACUGGAGCUUGGAUUGUCUCAAGAGGGUCAUAUUGGGGUUCUGAACAGUCAAUCCCUGCACCAGUUCUACCACCAGAUGGGGCACAGCCAAGGCGGCAACCCGAUGAAUCAGCAACAGCAAGAUCCAGACAAGGAUCACUCUCAAGACUCAAAGAACUAAACUUCUGCAAAUAGGGCUUUCCAAUGAAGAUUUGAUCAGACAGUUUGCAGCGAACCGAGGGGCUUGAAGGUUUCUUGUAAUUCAGCUAGUUUAACUCAUAAUUCAGAGGGUUGUUGAUUUAUACA